AUGACGUUUUUGUGUAUGGAAGAAUGGAUGUUACUCUUAAGCACUGAUAUUCAAAAGAUCUGCUAUAUCGGAGCUGGCGUUUCCGCCCAUGGGAACGCCUUGAAUUUGUUUAAAGAUGUUGCAGGCGAAGGUGACGUAGCUUUCGUUGAGGAUAGUUUUAAUGAUAUGUGUAUUUUAAUAAACGAUUUUUUGGAGUUGUUGAAGCCUAAGUGUACGAUGCAUGAAAUGGAUUUGUAUAUGAGGUUGUGGGGGAGGCGAGCGAAGAGUGUGCUGAAGUCGGCGGUGGCGAGCUCGAUGAUGGAGCAAUAUUUGUGGAAAUGGUUUUUGAUGAAGGAGAGGAUUUUAUGCAAGAAGAUUUGUAACGGUUUAAUGGAUGGUGAACUGCCACCGGCAAUGAAUCUGAAUUUAACGGGAUUUUUGUGGAAUGGCGAUGUCUAUCUGGACAAGGAUGAUUUGGACGAUCUGUACAGUUAUAUCCAACUCUGUCUUACACGACUCCCUAAGAUGUUGAGACGCAGUGCGGAAAGACCAUUUUUCCCCAAGGAUGACUUCGACUGGCCAAUGGAUGAAGGUGUCCGAGAUCAUAAUGGUGAACUUCUGUCGAAGAAGAGGAUGUCGAAUAGUCCAUAUCAUAUAUUCAGGUCAUACCCUAUAUUUAGGUCAUACCCUAUAUUUUGA